AUGCAGAAAUCAUUCUUUGGGAAUUAUGCUCUGGACGAAGCAGUUGCUGGUUUUGUUGCUGGAGCUACAUCAACUGUCUUUCUACAUCCUCUGGAAAUUGUCAAAAUAAGAUUUCAGAUUGAUGAUUCCGCAAGAUCUCGGCGUUAUUGGCUAUCAAUCGGUGGCACCGCCAAAGCGCUACGAGUAAUAGCACGCUCUGAAGGCCUUGUAGGUCUAUAUCGAGGACUCUCCCCCAAUUUUGCUGGCUCGGCAGCAAGUUGGGGUUUCUAUUUUUAUUUGUAUAGCCUGGUAAAGUUGCGAAUGGCGGGUAAAGACAAGACACAAAAGCUGUCUCCUGCGCAGUAUCUGCUUGCUUCAGCCGGAGCUGGCGCAGUUGUUGCGUUGUGUACGAAUCCGCUUUGGGUCGUAAAGGUCAGAAUGUGUGCCACGACAAGAGGACAUCCCGGGGCAUACUCUGGGUUAUUCGAUGGACUGUAUCAGAUUGUUCGAUAUGAAGGAGUAAGAGGACUUUACAAGGGUCUUGUUCCGGCUUUGCUCAGUGCUUCGCAUGGGGCAUUACAGUUUAUGGCAUAUGAAGAGCUGAAGAAAUGGCGAUCACGAAUUAAUCCAGACAAAGAUCGGAAUCGACUGUCCAAUAUUGAAUACAUCUUGCUUGCGAGCAGUUCGAAAAUAUUUGCUAGUACUAUAACGCACCCAUUUCAGCUAAUUAAAGCGCGAUUAAUGAAUCAGCGACUAGAGAGAAAGUACUAUGGCGUGGUUGAUACCAUUCGCAAAACUUACAGAUUGGAAGGACUUCUUGGAUUCUACAAGGGUUUAGCACCGGCAGUAAUACGCGUCUUACCUGGCACAUGCGUCACUUUCGUCGUGUACGAAAAUCUUUCUUCGUAUUUCCGAGAGCAUGCACAAAAAUUAACAUGA